GCCAAGUAAACUUGGCGUGCACGAUGAUGCACUUGUUGAGUCCGUGUACAACACGUAGCUGACUAGGUUAUGGAUUCCCAAACCUACCUUGUACAUUGUAUGAUCUAUGUAUAAAUACAUGCACCCCGGCACCACGUUUUGGUGUCCGGCAAUCGUUCAAUCUCUUUCAGAUUACAUGGUAUCAGAUUUCCACGCUCAAAGAAGCUAGAUCCGAUCCUCUCGGCGAGUUCCUCUGUUCUUUCCGAUCUCGUCGUCGUCCUUCCGUUCAACUACGUCCGCCCCUUCUUCCGCCAUGGUCGAGACUGAAGCCGAGCGCUUGGCACGCGAGGAGCGCGAGCGUCAGGCCGCACUCGACAAGGGGAAAGACACAGCUCCUCCUUCCUCCCUUCCAUCCCAGGCUGUCAACGUUGCCUCCAUCCGCACGCAUGUUCCUAUCGUGCUCAGCCUGAACGACUCCAACUACGGACUCUGGCGCGAGCUCUUCCUCACCACGCUCGGCAAGUACGAGUUGACUGCUCAUGUCACCGGUGGCUCUUCCGGCACCGUUGACACCAAUUGGACCCGCGACGACUUCACAGUCAAGUCUUGGCUGUAUGGCUCCAUCUCCACCGAGCUUCUCACCAUGGUGGCCUCCUCCUCGUCUUCGGCAGCAACCAUAUGGACUGCUCUCGAGAAUCUUUUUCGUGACAACAAGAAAGCACGCGCCAUCCACCUCGAGGCAGAGUUCCGCGGGCUGCCACAAGGGAGCAUGUCUGUCUCCGAGUACUGCGCGCAGUUGAAGUCCCUCGCCGACGCGCUCGCCGACGUCGACCAGCCGGUCACCGACGACACACUGGUGCUCACCCUGCUCAACGGCCUCCACGACGACUACUCGGCGCUCCGUUCCUUCAUCCCGCUCCAGACACCCUUCCCGUCCUUCUUGCAAGUGCGUUCGUCUCUCAUCCUCGAGGAGAAAAGCAAGAAAAAGAAGAGCUCCGUCUCCGCCAUGGUGUCCUCUGUCUCCACAGACUCUACUGCUCGCGGUGAUCGCAGCUCUGACCGUGCUCCUGAUCGCCCUCACAACAACAACAACAACCGCGCCCCUGGUGGUGGUGGUGGCAACCAGGGCGGCGGAGGUGGUCGUGGCUACUAUAACGGUGGCGGUGGUCGUGGCCGCGGGAGGAACCGUGGCCGUGGUUACCAAGGAGGAGGCAACAACAACAAUUAUCAAGGCAAUGGUGGGGGUCGCUACCAGCAGCAGCCAUGGAACGCGCCCAAUCCCCUUGCCGGCUACUUUCAAGCAUGGUCUCCGUGGUCGAGCCCGUGGCGUCCCUCCAAUGGUCCUGGCGUUCUUGGCGCACGUCCGCCGCAGCAGCCUCAAGCCUUCCACGCCUACAACCAGUACCAGCCGCAGCAACCUGCUCCCCCACAGUGGGAUCAGGCCUCCUUCAUCUCGGCGCUCAACAACUAUCAGCCGUCCUCCCACGGCACGGACUGGUACAUGGACACAGGAGCAUCCGCCCACAUGACACCUGAGAACGGACAUUCGAACCAGGAGGGAGAUCCUUCGGUGCAAUAGUUCCGGCGACCUCUACACCAUCCAUCUGAAGUCAUCUCCUUCAGCACAAGCCUUCAUCGCCACCGCCGACCUUUGGCAUCAUCGUCUUGGGCAUCCAGGGCAUCAAACUUUAUCAAGUCUUCAAUCUAGGCGUCUUAUUUCGUGUGUUAAGUCUUUGUCAUCUUCAGUGUGUCGUGCUUGUCAGCUUGGUCGUCAUAUACGACAACCUUUUGUACCAUCUAUUUCUCGUACCAAGAGUGCUUUUGAACUUAUUCAUUGUGAUGUUUGGACGUCUCCUAUACUUAGCAAAUCUGGUUUUAAGUACUAUCUUAUUAUUGUCGA